AUGCGCCGGAUCCUGAGGGAUCGGUUCUUUCGGGCCGGCUCGGGACUUUUUCCAUGUCAACAGCUACCCCUGAAGACGAGUUUGGGGCGCAUCAAGGCGGAGCACGCGAAGAAUGCGAAGCUGAGGGCGCUGGAGAAGCCAAUGGCCGAGGAGGAGGGUUUGGCCAUGAAGGAGGUUGAGAAGCGCAACGCGACCAAGUAG